UGAGGGCCCUGGGGGGGGGGGUGCUUCUGGGUGAACAGAUAAGGCCCAGGAAGGCCGUUAUAAAGGGCAUUGGCGCCCAUUUGACUUAGUAUUUCCCAUCUACCACCCAUCAGGGCUUGUGAGGCCUGGCUUGGCCUGCAUAGUGGGCCACAUUCUGGUUGGUUGCCCCCUGUUGGGGCUCGGGUAGAAGUGUUCUGGGCCUGGGGAUUAAGGCCUGGGUUGGGUGGUGGCUUAGCUGGGAGGGGUGAUUGAUUUGAGUACUGGUUGGUCGCCCCCUGUUGGGGUUUGGGUAGAAGUGCUCUGAUUUAAAAGAAAAAGACAGGAAUAGAAUAUUAAACUGAGGAUUUAUAGGGGAAGCGUAGAGGUGGCGGAUAUGCCCAAGAAGGCGAAAGGAAAGAAAGGGGGCAAGCCUAUUCGCCAGCCUAAGUGGCCCACGCCGUCUCCUUCUUCGUCAGAAGGGGAGGAUGAGGAGAUGGUAGUGAUUCGGGGGUUAAUAGGAUGGAGGCAUUGGAGAAGGCCAGGGCCGUGCCUUCGGACGAAGGGGGUGGUCCUUCAGGGUUGCCGGGGAGGGUGCCUAAGCGCACCCGAGGGGUGACGUGUGCACAGUUAUUGAGGUCUAUUUCUGACAGGUUCGGUGCAUUGGAGAGGGAUGUGGGCCUGCCUGGCCCGGCUCUACCUGCGAGUCCUGAUGUUCCGGUGGUUCCGGUGCCGAUGUCGCCUUCUCCUUCGCCGGUGGUACCUGAUGCUCCUGUGCCUGCGGAUCCGACUCCUUUGGAACCUGCUGAGCCGGUGGUGCCGGGUAGACAGGUUCAGGGAGCUAGCACCAGAGUCAGCUCUACACUCGGAACCCAUGCCGGCCGCUCUUUGGCACCUUGGCAGGUAGAGGCGCAGAGGGCUAUAGCUGCUUCAUUGGCACCCAGUACGAGGACGAGCUAUGCCUCCAGGAUAGCGGCCUUCGCAUGCUUCAGGAGGAAGGGGGGGCUUGAGGAAUUCUUGCCGGUGCCAGUUGUUCAUUUGUUGCAGUUUUUGGUACAGUUGCGGGGUUUGGGUCGGGCCAUGUCCACUUUAGGUGGCUCUGUAUUGGCGCUGUCCUUUGCGGCGCAGGCACAGGGGGUUGGAGAUUGUACCGGUGAGCCCAGGGUUAAGAGGAUGCUGGAGGGCUGGUCUAGGGGACUUCCUCCAGCAAAGGAUCGCAGGCAGCCAUUCACCUUGGACCUGCUGACUGUUUUGUGUGGGCAGCUGCAAGGUUGCUGUGGGUCUCAGUGGGAGGUUAGCCUUUUUCGAGCGGCAGCACUGGUGGCCUUUUUGUGGGCUUUUCGGCCUGGGGAGUUGCUACCUCGGAGUAGGUUUUCAGCCACAGAUCGGUGCUUGCAUUUCACUGAUCUGUCCUCCGGAGAUGGGGAGGCGCGCAUUCUGUUGCGCUUCUCCAAGACAGACCAGCGUGGUAGGGGGCAUAUGGUAAGGCUUUGUGCAGCCGUUGAUUCUACCCUUUGCCCUGUGGUGGCCUUGCAACAGUAUGUUGGAAUGGGCCCCUAUGAAGGGGGCCCCCUUUUUGUUCAUGAAGGUGGGGCUUCCCUGACCCAAUACCAGUUCCUGUCAGUGUUGCAGAGGGCAUUGGCAACUGCUGGUGUUGCAACCUUGGGGCUGACGUUACAUUCCUUUCAUAUUGGGGCGGCUACCACGGCUAGCCAUUUGGGGUUUAGGGAGGAAGAGGUGCAGAGGAUUGGUCGGUGGAGGUCCAAGGCGAUAAGGCGCUAUGUGCGCUAGGUGGGGUCGGAGCUUUGGUAUCUGACCAGUUUAUUUCUUGGCAGGUGCUGGCAGAGCGGUGGCUUCUGUUCGUGUCCUGAUCUGCGGCCAUCCGUUGGUCUUUUGGGCAUUCAAGAGAGCCAGCACCUCCCAGUGGGGCACCCAACUUGGUUUGGGAAGACGGGCCUCAGUUUACUGGUUGGGUUUGCGGGGUAUGGUGUGGAGCCAGUUGCUCCCAGCCAUAUGGGAUCAUUUAGGUAGUUUUCCUGGGCCGGACGUUCUUGUUCUUCACCUGGGCGAGAAUGAUUUAGGCAAGCGAACUGGCCUCUCGCUUGUUCAACAAGCCUCAUCCGAUUUUUCGACCCUGAAGAGUUUGCUUCCUGGCUUGCGCAUAGUGUGGGUCAGCUGGCUGCAGCGUAGAGUGUGGUGCGGGUGCAGUGUGUGCAUGGCAUAGAAAGGGCAUAGAAAGAUGCAAGGCAUCUGCUGCCAUUGGCAGAUUGGUUGUGGCCAAUAGUGGGGUGGUCCGGGGCAACCUGGUAUUUCUGCCCAUUUUCCACAGCUUUUUCGCCCUGAUGGGGUACAUUUAUCAGAGGCUGGUUGUGACCUCUAUUUGCAGAACAUUCAGAUGGGGCUUGUUGAGUUUUUGGAGGGGUGUGGGGCAGGGAGGUCAAACUAGGCUAACUUCCCUGUGUGGCAGGAACAGUGCGGGCUGUGGGGGUAUCUUGAGGUAAGACCUUCGGUGAGCACCUUUGGAUAAUUAAGAGGUGGACUGGUCAAUCGCUCCCCUGUGGUUUGUGCGGCCCGGGGAGAAUUGGUUGGCCAGGAAACCGGCUUCAGGACUUCGCUAACCCUUGGGCUGAGCAGUCCGGGGUGGGCAAAGGCCUAGAAGUAUCCAGGCCCCCUUUUAAGGAAGGGGGUUGGCUUUGGGGGGAGGGACAGGUUUUAUACCUGCCUGUUUCCUGAGCCAGGGUGUGUCGCCCUGUAAGGUGCGGGCAGGAUAGUGGUAGGCCCUUAGUAGGCCCACACUGUUGUGGUUGGGUGGUGAUUAUCACCCUGUUUACAGUUUGCUAUGCCUUUUGUGUUGCUUAAUAAAGUUGUGGCCCUUUCCCCAUGAAAAUAAGUCUCUGUGUCUCUUUUGGGUCGGGGUCUGGGGACAAAGCCACACAUGCACAGAAUGGUAGCUGAUGGCAGGGGCCAUGAAAAUGUUUUCAAGGU